CCCCUCGCGCCUAAAAGCUGCUUGCCGACCGCUUCUUGCUGCAAAUCUGACAAUAUGGCGACCUUUCGCUUGGUUUAUAAAAAUCCAAUUCAGCACGUGUAUAAAAGUGCCAAACUUCAAUCGUGAAAACAUGGAUGAUAACCGCCAGGAGCAACAAUCGCACGAUGGACCCGCCGGUAUGAACCCAGACGGCGUUAUCGAGUCGAACUGGAACGAGUCGUAUGACAACUUCGACCAGAUGGGUCUGCGUGAAGAGCUUCUUCGCGGUAUCUACGCAUACGGUUUCGAGAAACCGUCUGCGAUCCAGCAGCGCGCAAUUGUGCCGUGCCUGAAGAGGCGCGAUGUCAUCGCUCAAGCUCAAUCCGGUACUGGAAAGACCGCUACAUUUUCGAUUGCGAUUCUGCAGCUGAUCCAGACUGAGAUUCAGAAUUGCCAGGCGCUGAUUCUGGCCCCGACCCGCGAGCUGGCGUCGCAGAUCCAAAAGGUCGUGAUUUCGCUGGGCGAUUUCUUGAAGGCCCAGUGCCACGCCUGUAUCGGCGGCACGAACGUCCGCGACGAUAUGCGCCGCCUGGAGCAGGGCUGCCACAUCGUUGUCGGUACGCCCGGUCGUGUUCACGACAUGAUCUCGCGUGACGUACUGCGCACCGGUGACAUCAAGCUGUUCGUCCUCGACGAGGCGGACGAGAUGUUGUCGCGUGGUUUUAAGGACCAGAUUCAGGACGUGUUCCGGAAGCUGCCGGCGGACGUACAGGUGAUCCUGCUGUCCGCUACGAUGCCUGCCGAUGUGCUGGAAGUUUCCCAGUUCUUCAUGCGUAACCCGGUAAAGAUUCUUGUAAAGAAGGAGGAACUCACGCUGGAAGGUAUUCGGCAGUUCUACGUCGACGUAAAAUAUGAGGACUGGAAGAUUGGCACAUUGUGCGAUCUUUACGAUACGCUGUCGAUCACGCAGGCCGUAAUAUUCUGCAACACCCGUCGCAAGGUCGACCAGCUGACCGAGCAGAUGACGGAGAAGACGUUCACCGUGUCGGCUAUGCACGGCGACAUGGAGCAACGUGAUCGUGAUCUGAUCAUGAAACAGUUCCGUACCGGGUCGUCGCGUGUACUGAUCACCACGGAUCUGCUCGCUCGUGGUAUCGACGUUCAGCAGGUCUCGUUAGUUAUUAAUUAUGAUCUCCCAACGCUUCGGGAAAAUUACAUCCAUAGAAUCGGACGUGGUGGACGAUUCGGUCGUAAGGGAGUUGCUAUCAACUUCGUUACCGAGCAAGACAAGCGGGUUCUCGCCGAUAUCGAGAAGCACUACAACACAACCAUCGAAGAAAUGCCAGCCAAUCUGGCUGAUAUGAUUUAAUUGCGGAAG